GUUGACUUUCAAAGACAGUCUAGCCAGCUAUAUAUAAUUUUAUUCCCUUGAGCACAGGCUACGUUGUUCAGUUGAAUUCAAAGAUCGACAAAGAUGUGCAAUAUUUAACUUCCUGAGGUGAAUGUGUCUUAGUUGUCUUGUUCAUCAUGUCAAGCUUGUUACGAUCGCGUUCGACUUGGACCCCGAUAUAUCGUGCCGCGUUGAGAGAAAAAUUUAGGAAAGCUGACUCAAGAGUUUUGUCGACUGGUCGAUUUGGCUUGAACUCUUCUUCUCAAGACUCGAGUGAACAAAAGCUGAGUAAACAACUGAAAGAGGAUGGUGAGGCUGUUAUUAUCGGCGGGGGAGUCCUAGGCACUAGUAUUGCUUAUCACUUGGCCAAAGCUGGAAUGAAAGACGUGAUCUUACUGGAGAAGUCAGAACUCACAGCUGGCUCAACUUGGCACUCGGCUGGUGUUACGUCUCACUAUAAUCCGGUGGUAAACAUGAAGCCUCUAACUCAUCAUAGCAUGUCCUUGUACAAACAGCUAGGACAGGAAACUGGACAGGACGUCGGGUUUCACAUGUGUGGCAGCAUUAGGAUUUGUACAACGCCGGAGAGACUGGAAGAGGCAAAGUAUCAGAUGCAAAGGCACGGUUGGAUGAAGGCACCACAAAGAUUAAUCACGACAGAGGAAGUAGCUCAAUUGCAUCCUCUUCUGAAUGUCGACGAUGUCUUAGGAGCUUUGUACUUCCCCGAGGAUGGCUACAUUGAUCCGUAUUCCUUGACACAGGCCCUCGCGAAAGGGGCGCGGAUGUACGGGGCCGAAAUAUACAUGCCAGCCCCAGUCACAGGAUUGAACUUCAGAUCUGAUGGUAAAUGGGACGUGACAACACCGCACGGCACAAUAAGAGCUAAACAUGUUGUUAAUGCAGCAGGUUUUUGGGGCAGAGAGAUUGGUUGCAUGGUAGGAGCCGAACUUUCUUUAGGUGUGGUUCAUCACCAGUUUCUCGUGACGGGGUCGAUCCCUGAAGUGGCAAGUUUGAAGAAGGAGCUUCCUUUCAUGAGGGACCUAGAAGGUUCAGUUUACUCUCGUCAGGAAAAGCAAGGCAUUCUGUUUGGUCCCUAUGAAAGCGCAGACGAAAUGAAAAUGGAGGAAGGGUGGUGGGACUCUGUCCCUGAGGGAUUUGGAAAGGAGUUAUUUGAAAGUGAUAUAGACCGCAUCAGUGAUUACAUAACCAACUCAAUGAAGAGAACACCAGUGCUCGCCAAUGCCGAAAUAAUAAGUAGCGUUUCAGGGCCUAUAACUUACGCGCCCGACGCCAUUCCCUUGCUUGGUCCCGAUCCAGAGGUACCUAAUAUGUGGCUAGCUCUCGGGACGGGUUACGGGAUCGGUCUCGCAGGUGGCAUCGGUAAGUACCUCUCUGAUUGGAUGGUCGAUGGAGAACCGCCGUUCGACCUCAUUGAAUGUGAGCCCGGUCGCUAUGGUAACUGGGCUACUAGGGAAUACGUUUUGGCAAAGUGUCGAGAGACGUACGGUUUUAAUAAUCAGAUGAUGCAUCCUAAGUUAGAGAGGUGGGCUGGGCGCCCCGUGAAGAUUAGUGGGAUAUACAAGAGACUUUGCCAGCGAGGUGCGCAAAUGGGGCAACGCGCUGGCUGGGAGCAACCGAACUGGUUGGCGCGCCCUGGGGAUGAGCCUGGAUUCAAACCCAGUUUUCGACGAACAAACUGGUUUGAGCCGGUUGGACGGGAAUGUGACUUGGUGCUGAGUAAAGUCGGUAUCAUAGACCUGACUCCUUAUGGGAAAUUUGAGGUCAAAGGAAAAGAUGCAGCUGACUUUUUGGAUAGGGUCUUUGCUAAUGAAUUGCCUGAAGUGGGGCACUCAAACAUAAGCCACAUGCUGACCCCAAAAGGGAAAGUGUAUGCGGAAAUGACUGUCACCUGCCUGGAAGCGGCUCGUUACUUUUUGGUCACAAGAAGUAACACGGAAUUUCAUGAUCUCAGAUGGUUGUUGGAAAACCAACGCAAGAGUAAUUAUGAUAUCAUCAUCACGAAUAUCACUGAUGAACUGGCUUGCCUGGGCAUUGCUGGGCAUCGUUCACGUGACGUUCUGUCAAAGAUGACAACAACGGACCUGAGCAAUGAAAGUUUUCCAUAUUUGGUAUAUCGUGACGUAGAGCUUACAGGAAUCCCUGUGCGGGCCAUUCGGUUCUCUUUGACAGGGGAGCUAGGAUGGGAGUUGUUUCACAAGAAGGAACACACGGCAGAUUUAUAUGAAGCUCUGCUCUCUGCUGGAGAGGAACAUGGCAUCGGAGACUUUGGCACCUACGCCCUUAAUUCCCUUAGACUAGAGAAAGGAAUCCGUAUGUGGGGCUUUGAGAUGAAUACGUCAACUACCGCCGUUGAAGCAGAUUUAAUGUCGUUUGUGAAAUUAGAUAAGGGUGUUGAAUUUAUUGGACGAGAAGCCCUCCUUGAAUUGAAAAGAGAUGACUGUGAGCGUAUCUUAUGUUUCAUGACGGUGGAUACAACAGAUGUGGACUCUGAAGGGAACGAAACCGUUUGGUACGGCAACAAGGUUGUAGGAUUUACCUCAAGUGGUUCGUUCAGUUAUCAGCUCAACAAGAGUAUAUGUUUCGCAUAUCUACCUCCAUCUCUAGCUGUUCUGGGCUCUCGAGUAGAAGUGGAAAUGUUAGGAAGCAAAUAUCCUGGAGUUGUUGUGAAGUAUCCAUUAUUUGAUGCUGAACCAAAUCGCGUGAAAGAGACGGAGGAAAAAGAGGUGUCUAGUCCUUUGCAUUUUAAGAAACCAAUGUAAUCCCCUUACGCCUCCUGAUAAGCUCUGCCUUUUCUCGAAAGUGACAAUGGUGCAUUGUUACUCAACGAAAGUAGUAAAUGGCUGCCUAGGCCGGGUAUGUGGAAAAAUAAGAUUAAUGAAAGAAUAAAUGAAUGCCGACGCAUUCAGUCGCAAAAGCCGACGCCCGUUACCCAGGAGGACCUUAUAGAUGUUGCACGUGCUGCAUUUUUUCUCUGGAGCAUACAUCGUCUGACCUGGCUCACCAUGUGCUUGACCAUGUCCCUGCAGGCAACUAGCUACGGUAGUUCGGGAUAUGAUAAAUUAAUGAAAAAAGUGAAAAUAGAAUGAAAGAAAUGCUCACUCUGAGAGAAAAUUCAGUCUCAAUACAGCUUCAAAGUAACCUUAAGUCGUUUAUGUAUGCUAUACAUUCACUAAGAAAUUUGCAAUUCCAAAAUCCACGGUAAAAAAUGUUUUAAACUAUACUGUCGACAUUACACUUUUCAAUCACACGUAAAAGAAGUUCUUUUCAAAAAUAGCCAAUUUCUGAAUCACCUUUGGCUUCUUUUCCAAAGCGAGUCCUGGUGCUCAUCCUUUCACAUGAUUAUACAUUUUCAUUCACAUGCAAAUUAAACUUAUUUCCAUACGAGUGAUUGAGCACCAUGCAUGCCUCGAUUUGAAAAAGAAUCCAAAAAUAAUUUGAAAACGACUUAUUACGUUUUGUUUUGUUAUUCCAUAGACUUAAAAACAUGACGUGCGUCGCUCAGUUUAGAU